AUGAGAGCACAUCCAGAAGUGAUACAAAGAGAAGUACUAGAGAACUAUGUUAAAGACUUCCCCGAAAUAUACAAAGAUAUGAUCCGGCAUUGUGAUCUUUCAAAAUUGAUAUGGGUUCCAUUGAUGUUUAGGUAUCUGUGGGGCAUCAUUUUUGACAAUUUAAGGAAAGGUAACAUCACAGUCGUCGGCAAUGCAAUGCAUCCCAUGACACCUGACCUUGGGCACGACGGCUGUGCAGCUCUAGAAGAUGCAGUGGUACUCGGCCGACACAUUGGCAAUUCAUUAAUAAAAAAUGGAGGACUUGUUCUGAUGGCAAUUGCUCAGGAUUUAGAUGGUUAUGUUCAGGAAAGAAAGUGGCGUGUGACUUGGUUGGCUAUAGGGUCAUAUUUAUCCGGGUGGAUUCAGCAAGGAGGAUCAAAUUGGUGGAAGAAAAUCCUGAGAGAUGUCUUUUACAAGUUCCUCAUUCCCAAGACUCGCAGUGUUACAGAUUAUGAUUGUGGGAAAUUGCCUAUUUUUCCUUCCUCUAGUCAAUUGGACUCAAAGAAAAUAGAAUAA